CACACACACACACACUUAUACACACAGAUCUAACUCAAGAACAAUAGGACUUUUAUGAUUUAAACUCAGAGUUACAGUCAGACCUUCUAGAGAGUCGAGAAGCGGAGGACGAUUAAAAGACUGAGAUAAAGGUUGUAAGUGCUGAAGACUCUGUAGUGAAGGUCGGUGAUGUUGCUGCUGGUUCCUGCUGUUCUCCUCCUGGCAGUGCCGGGAUGCUGUGGGCUUUGGACAGUAGACCGGCUGUCGGCCCGAAGUGGGGGGUCCAUCACUGUCCCCUGCCACUACAAUUACAGGUUCAGAGGGCAGGUGAAGUACUGGUGUAAAGGGAAGCACUGGCUCACCUGUAUUACUGUAAGAAACUCAGUGAGAGUGAACAUCACUGACUCUCCGGCUGAGCUGGUGACCACGCUGACACUGACGGGUCUGCAGGUGAAGGACGCUGGGAGAUACUGGUGCGCCGUAAAGCGAGGCCUCAGGAUGUCCGACAUCAAGACCUCGCUGGAGCUGCAGGUGACUGACGACACUCCAGCUCUGUGGGUGAACAGCAGCUCGGUGUCUGGUGUUGAGGGUGGGAACGUGAGUGUGAGGUGUUACUACAGUGACCGUCUGAAGGACGAUGAGAAGAAGUGGUGCAGGAGUGGAGACCUGCACUCCUGCCAAUCAGAGCAGGACACACAGCUAUCCCAGAAUUCAAAGCUGCAGCUCAGGGAUGAGGGUCAGGGGUUGUUCACCGUAUCCCUGAGUGCCCUGCAGAAGGAUGAUGGUGGGUGGUACUGGUGCAUGGCUGGAGGAACACAGUCUCCGGUCCACCUCACCAUUACUGCAGCGUUCACUACUCAAAACCACACAGACUUUCCAGAGAGGAAUUCAUCUUUACAGCACUCAGCAACCACAGCAGUGCUAACAUCCACACACACACCAUACUACACUUCUACACACCCAACACACACACCGUAUACUUCUACACACUCAACACACACUCAGUCCAUCUCUACACACUUAACACACACGUCAUACAACUUUACACACGCACCAGAUUCACCAUCUUCACCUGAGACAGCACAGCCACCCAGCAGGACACCGACCACGCGGCCAACCUCCUCUCCGACAGCUCGGACCAAACAUCCACCAGAUUCACCCACAGCCACCAGUGUUACAGUGACGAGUGCAGCCAGCAGGCUGUAUGUUUGGCUACUGGCCUCAGUGGGAAUUAUAGUAACAGCUGCUGUAGCAACUGCUCUAAUCCGGAGGGGGCAAAAACAUCGGGAAGUCAGUCACAUGAUGUUAGAGGAGGCGGAGCCUAUGGAAUUCACUGUGAAGGAUGAUGUUGAUUUGCUGGAUCACGAAUGGACAAACAGGACUGUUCUAAAAGUGGAGGAGGAGCCUAACACUGCAGCCCAGCUCUAACACACACACACACACACACACACACAGACACACACACACAUGCACACAUUCUUAAAUUGUUAAUUCUGUGAAGUUUUUUAACAUUUUAUUUAACAUUACUUAACAUUGUAAUCAAUAAAAAAUGUAAUCAGAUUAUUCACAACAAUUAAAUGCAAUUAAUCACAUUUGUUUUUCUUCAGAUGCAAGCUUAUAGUGUAUAUUUAUAUAAAAUGUAAAUAAAAGAAUAAAUGUAGGAAAUGCAAAAUGCAUUUUUUUUAUUUAUUAUAGUGGUAAUAAUUAAAAUACUAGUAUAUACUUGUGUGUUUGAGGGGAGAUAAAGCCGUAACGUGUGGCGCUGGAAUAAAGGAUGCAUGAUUAAUUGUAUAAAGGAAACUUUUUUUACUUUAUUAUAAACAUCUUAGCUUGGUUGUAAGGAUUCCUGAAUUAGAAGUUAAUUAGCUAUAUAGUAUAAAAGAGCGUUUUCACUUUUUCACACCUGUAGUUGUGAAAGUUUCUAUGAUCCGGAUCAGUUGAUGAGUUUGUUUAUUUGGAGAGUUUCUCCCUCUGUUUGGUUUGGUUUCACACAGGCAUAAAAACACCUAAACGCACCAAAACGAGCACCAAUAAACUGCAAGCACAUCGUCUCCUCUGAUUGGUCAGAGCUGUCUGGUGCGGGAGCGAGAAAGUAAAUAUAGAGAGAAGAUUCUGUGUUUCAGUGUGUUUAUCUGUAUCUAUAUCAGUGUGAAGCUGCUUUAACACAGAAUGGUGAUCAAAUUUGCUGCUGUGCUUUUAAACACAGUGUUUUUAAUGAGACGUGCAGCGCAGAGUUGUGCAGAUGUGAGCAGUGAGCGCAGCACAUACUGUGCUCUUAGUGUGUAAACAGCAUGGAGCAGCAGAGACAGUAUUUGUUCAUAGCAGUAUAAUAUCUGGCUCAUAUAUUGGAUUAAACUGUGCCUUAUAUCAGCAGUUUAGCUCAAUUAAAUUAAAGUAUAUAGUAUUUGAUAGCUGUGUCGGAUCGAGACCAGAUUACGUUCUCACCACAAGUGAACCACUCUAGAAAAGAGUCCACAUGUUGGGCGGAGUGGAUUACAGCAGAAGUAGGGGUCAAACUUGGUGUUGUAAUUAACUGCAUAAAAAAAGAAUGUAUUAUUAAUUCCAAAUUAACUGCGAGUGUUAUUGGUUUAACAUUGAAAACCCCAGUUUUAACUUUUAGUUUUGGGAAUGUUGCUUUUAACAUUUCCAAAAUGUUUUUCUGGGACACUAUUUUUGUAAUGUUACAGGUUAACCUUCCUGGGACCUUUUCAAAACAUUGCUUAAUGUUCUUAUAAUGUUCUCUGUUACCAGGUUAAUUAUGUCAUUUUU